AUGUCGGAUUAUAGAAGAAAUAUUGCUGAUUCCGAGCUAAAACUUGAUUCCCUUUCUUUGAAUUCCUCUCAACAUCCAUCAACAACAACUUCUGCAACAACAUCAAACUCAACCGCUCCAACGUCAACAGCAUCAUCAUCCCAUGGUAAUGAUAAUAAUCAUUCAUCUUUCAAAUCACCAAGAAGUUCAAGUACUUAUACAUCCAAUAUCAACGCUGAUAUUCAAGCAAAAUUGUUAGCUUUUCAAGAACAACGUCAAUCCAAAUCAGCUCAAAAUAAUCAAGAACAACCUGUUUUGAAAACUAACGCUACAACUGGAUCAAUCCUAACCACAAAUCAUGAAGAUCAUAAGAAUCCUUCACCAUUGAGUUUAUCAACAAACUCAACACCUUUAAUGAGCCCACCAAAUUUACCAGAAGGUACAGGAAGCUUAUCAACUCCACCAAUAGCUUUAGGAUUAAGUAGGAAGAAAUCACUACAACAAAAUAAGAAGGCUGAAAAACCUUUACCACCAUUACCUGGUACACCACCAAGUCUUUCUCAAUCAUCAAAUUCUACACAUCCAUUGAAUGAUAAAAGUUUAAACCCAGUUAGACCAGCUCCAUCACUACCAAUAAAUUCUCAAGUUAGUCCUCAAGUUGCUGCUAGAUUACCAAAAGCUAAACCAUCCUUAUCAAUGAGAAGAGGUAUGAAAUUACCUGGUGGAUUACCUUCUUUAAAUAACGAAGAUCAAUCAUCAACUUCAUCUACUUCUGAAACCCAAUCAUCCAUAAAAUCAUCAUCAGAAAGUUCACAAACCAAUGGAAGUAAAAAACCAGUGGUACCGUCAAUGAAAAGUUCAGGUUCUGUUACAAAUCUGAUUGAAAAGAAAGGGAAAUUACCAGCUCAACAAUCUAUGCAAUUGAAAGGUUUAUUUGCUAACUAUUCUAAAUAUAUUGAUAUCAAAUCAGGUUCAUUGAACUUCAAAGGUAAAUUAUCAUUAGAUUCUAAAGGUGUUGAUUUCAGUUCCGGUUCAUCUUUUAGAAUUUCUAGUGAUGAAUUAGAAUUUAUUGAAGAAUUAGGUCGUGGUAAUUAUGGUACAGUUACAAAAGUUUUACAUAAACCAACUGGUAUUACUAUGGCUAUGAAAGAAGUUCGUUUAGAAUUGGAUGAAGGAAAAUUUAGACAAAUUUUGAUGGAAUUAGAAGUUUUACAUAAAUGUAACAGUCCUUUCAUUGUGGAUUUUUAUGGUGCCUUUUUCGUUGAAGGUGCAGUUUACAUGUGUAUGGAAUAUAUGGAUGGUGGUUCAUUAGAUAAAAUUUAUGGAAAUGGUGUUGAUGAAUCCCAUCUAGCUUAUGUUACAGAAUCUGUCAUUAGAGGUUUAAUGGAAUUAAAAGAUAACCAUAAUAUUAUACAUAGAGAUGUUAAACCAACAAAUAUAUUGGUGAGCAGCUCAGGUAAAGUUAAACUUUGUGAUUUUGGUGUUUCAGGUAAUUUAGUUGCUUCAUUAGCCAAAACAAACAUUGGUUGUCAAUCAUAUAUGGCACCAGAAAGAAUUAAAUCAUUAAGUCCUGAUGAUAACACAUACUCAGUUCAAUCUGAUAUUUGGUCAUUAGGUUUAACAAUGUUGGAAACUGCAAAAGGUUCAUAUCCAUAUCCUCCUGAAACUUAUGAUAAUAUUUUCAGUCAGUUGAGUGCCAUUGUUGAUGGUGAACCUCCAGCAUUACCAGAAGACUACUCAUCAAACGCAAAAGAUUUUGUUGGUCAAUGUCUUGCUAAGAAUCCAAAUAGAAGACCAACUUAUACAAAAUUAUUACAACAUCCUUGGUUAGUGAAAUAUAGAAACAUUGAUGUCCAAAUGGGUAUUUAUAUUUCAAGUAAAUUGAGAGAAAAUUCUUCAAAUAAAGCCAAAAAUGAUGAAGCUAAUAUUGAAGAAUUAAACCAAAGACUGAAAACACCUGCAUUGCAUAGAGGUGGUGCUCCACAAAGGAAUUAA